CUCUCCAGCAGCCGGAGCCAUCUUUUCUUCCCCGCUGUCUCUCUCUGUCUCUCCGUCCUCUGCUGCUGCUGCGGUGACCCGGAGCUGAGCUGGAGCCCGCGGUGGUUCCCUGUCCGCUGCCCGAGCAGCAGCACUUCCAGUGGAGCGGGGCCGAGCGGCAGCCUCCGCCCUGGACCGACGAGCUGGCGGACAUGUCCCGGCACAUCUACACCCGACAUGGGAUAGGAGAGGGACUGCAGAAGCCUGUGUUCCAGGGAAACAGAGGGACCUACUCCAGACGCAGCCGACUGAAGAGGUCCGACGGCAGCACCACGUCCACCAGCUUCAUCCUCAGACAGGGCUCAGCUGAUUCCUACACAAGCCGACCGUCUGACUCAGAUGUGUCCCUGGAGGAGGAGAAGGAGGGCGGCCGGCAAGAGAAGGAGCAGCAGGCCACUGUUCAGCUCGAGAGGGCAAAGACUAAAGCGGUGGCGUUUGCUGUGAGGACCAAUCUCAGUUACUGUGGUGCGUUGGACGAGGAGGUUCCCGUGGCCGGCACCGCUGUGUCUUUUGAUGCCAAGGACUUCCUGCACAUCAAAGAGAAGUACAACAACGACUGGUGGAUCGGCCGCCUGGUGAAGGAGGGCUGUGACAUCGGCUUCAUCCCGAGCCCUCUGAAGCUUGAAAACAUCCGUCUCAAUCAGGAACAGAAGAGAGGACGCUUCCACGGCAGUAAGUCCAGCGGGAAUUCCUCCUCCAGUCUCGGAGAAAUGGUGUCAGGAACUUUCAAGCCGAACCCUAACUCUGCAGGAAAGCAGAAACAGAAAGUGGCGGAGCACAUCCCUCCCUACGACGUGGUUCCCUCCAUGAGGCCGGUUGUCCUGGUGGGACCUUCCCUGAAAGGUUAUGAGGUGACAGACAUGAUGCAGAAAGCACUGUUUGACUUCCUGAAGCACAGGUUUGAUGGCAGGAUAUCCAUCACACGGGUUACAGCUGACAUAUCCUUGGCCAAGAGGUCAGUACUAAACAACCCCAGCAAGAGGGCCAUCAUUGAGAGAUCCAACACCCGCUCCAACCUUGCCGAGGUCCAGAGUGAAAUAGAGAGGAUCUUUGAGCUGGCCAGGUCUCUGCAGCUGGUGGUGCUGGAUGCAGACACCAUUAACCAUCCAGCGCAGCUCAUCAAGACCUCAUUAGCGCCCAUUAUCGUCCAUGUUAAAGUGUCCUCACCUAAGGUUCUCCAGCGGCUUGUCAAAUCAAGAGGGAAAUCUCAAAGCAAACACUUGAACGUGCAGCUUGUUGCAGCUGAGAAACUAUCACAAUGUCCAUCCGAGAUGUUUGAUAUUAUUCUGGACGAGAACCAGCUGGAAGAUGCUUGUGAACAUCUGUCGGAGUACCUGGAGGCGUACUGGCGUGCUACACACACGUCACUUAGCACGCCACUCAACCCCCUGCUAGGACGCAAUCUGGGCUCUACUGCUCUCUCCCCGUAUCCUGCCGCCAUUCAGGCCCAAAGAAACAUGAAUAGCAACCACACAACAACAGACCAUGCGCCCGUGGAACGCCGCAGCCUGAUGCCCGCUGACGAGAACUACCAUAACGAAAGGGCGCGGAAGAAUCGCAACCGUCUGUCCUCAGGCUCACAGCAGAGCCGGGACCACUCGCCCCUGGUAGAGGAGGACUACCAAGACCCCUACCAGGACUCUUACAAGCCUCACCGCAACCGAGGGUCGCCAGGAGGCUACAGCCAGGAGUCCAGGCACCGGCUGUGAGCUGAGGCUGCAAUCUCGAGUCAAGGCCUGUCCUUCUCUAAACAGCCACUGGGGACCUAUGAGUGGAGGCAGCUCUCCUGUGUCUAUAUGAUGAAACCACUACACUCAUUUGGAUUGAAACAAACUUGUAUUGAUGUGUAGUACCUCAUAUUCCCUGUGGCUCCUGCCAGACGGGCAUUUGAAUAUAGAAAAUUACAAAUCCUGCUCUUGCUUUGACAUGAACAAGGGAAGGAUAAGAAAGUAGCACAAGACCAGAAAAGUGAUGCUAUAAAGGGAAGGCUUAAGCUGGAGUCGAUCUGAAUGUGUCUCAGAUGUGGGAGUAAUCGAAUACACUAGCAGAUGUAACGUAGGCUCCUCUAGACCCUUCCCAUCACCUCAGAUGUUACUGUAGCAUGCAGGUUGGACUGUGGCGACAGGUCACUACAUGCCUCAAAUCCAGUGCCAGAUAGCAAGAGCAUCCAGCACAGCGAAGAUGAUCAGCACAGAACCUGUUGGCACGCACCCAGGAGCCAGUAGAAGCAGAAUAUAAUGCAUCUGUAACGCUUCUCAAGUUCCUUUGCCACUGUCCUCGAUGUGAGUGUAAUAGAUCUCGUGGAAGCCUGUUCCCAAAUCCAGAGUUUUAC